CGGAAGAGCUUGUUUGUGUUUUGGUUCUAAGGGGAAGUUGCGAGAAGAAAGAAAGGAGGAGACGUGACGGGAUUGUUGAAAUUGUUUUCUUGGUUUCUCCAGCACCACCUCACCACAGUGUCCUGAGUUCCGUGUGUAAAUACUACAGCGGUGGUAUUUAAAGUUCAAAACAUCGUCUGGCUGUCAGCAGAAGUCCUGAUAGUGAGGUUUGGCACGCAGGACACUGGGUGAUCUGACUAGGUCAUGGCCAAUCGGGGAGGAGCUACGAGACCCAAUGGACCCAAUGCAGGGAACAAGAUCUGUCAGUUUAAGCUGGUGCUGCUGGGGGAGUCAGCUGUUGGGAAGUCCAGCUUAGUGCUUCGCUUUGUCAAGGGCCAGUUCCAUGAAUUCCAGGAGAGUACAAUAGGAGCGGCCUUUCUCACCCAGACAGUGUGUCUAGAUGACACAACAGUGAAGUUUGAAAUCUGGGACACUGCAGGCCAGGAGCGUUACCACAGUUUGGCACCCAUGUAUUACAGAGGAGCACAGGCUGCCAUUGUGGUCUACGACAUCACAAACGAGGAGUCCUUCGCACGGGCAAAGAACUGGGUGAAGGAGCUGCAGAGACAAGCAAGUCCUAAUAUAGUCAUCGCUCUGUCAGGCAACAAAGCUGACCUAGCCAACAAGAGAGCUGUCGACUUCCAGAACAUACAAUCCUACGCAGAUGACAACAGCUUACUUUUCAUGGAGACGUCAGCUAAGACAUCUAUGAAUGUGAAUGAGAUAUUUAUGGCUAUUGCAAAGAGAUUGCCAAAAAGUGAGCCACAGGCUGCGGGAGCCAACAGCGGGCGGAACCGGGGAGUGGACCUGACAGAAGCUGCCCAGCCAGCCAAGGCUCCGUGCUGCAGUAACUAA